AGAACGAAAACCUAAUCGAAGUUCUGAGACUGAGAAUUCUUGAGUUCUUGACCUGCUCCUCUCUCUCUUUCUCUAGAAUUAGGGUUUUAAGUACUCUCUUCUUCUCUCUAACAAACAGGAGUUGUGUGAUACUUUAUUAAAUGGGUGAGACUGGAAAACGGUUUCAUUCACAGAGAGACCAUGAUGGGGACAGGAAAAAUCAAAAGAGACGUGUGAAUGACAGAGAUGACAAGGGCAAUGAUGAGUUGAUUGUUUAUAGGAUACUCUGCCCGGAUGAAGUUAUUGGGAGUGUUAUUGGAAAGAAUGGGAAAGUGAUAAAUUCUAUAAGGCAAGAAACCAGGGCAAAAGUCAAGGUUGUGGAUCCAUUUCCUGGUGCCAAGGAUCGGGUUAUAACAAUCUACUGCUAUGUUAAGGAGAAGGAAGAAGUUGAGAUUGAUGAUGAGUUCACUGAUAACAAACCUUUAUGUGCCGCUCAAGAUGCUCUUCUCAAGGUUCAUGUUGCCAUCAUCAAUUCCAUAGCAGCUGUUGGAGACUCUGAGAAGAAAUGGAAGGAUAAAGAUGAAUGUCAAAUUCUUGUUCCAUCAAGCCAGUCUGCAAAUAUCAUUGGUAAGGCUGGGGCUACCAUUAAAAAACUGAGAAGUAAGACUAGAGCUAAUAUCAAGGUUACCGCCAAGGAUGCAGCUGACCCAACACACUCAUGUGCUAUGGAGUUUGAUAAUUUUGUCAUGAAGCGAAGGAAUGUUCUGGUUGUUCAGACAGUAAUGGAAUUUGCAACCCCAAACAGGUGUAUUAAACGAGGAAGAUUGCCGGUGAAUCAGAAGCAGUUAAAAAAGCACUAUUUGCCGUUUCUUCUAUUAUGUACAAGUUUGGUCCCAGGGAAGACAUCUCUCUUGACACAACUGUACCAGAAGCCCCACCCAGUAUUAUCAUUCCCUCAGAAGUUCCAAUUUAUCCUCCUGGUGGACUAUUUCCAGCUUCAGAUCCUAUUAUCCCACCUAGAGCUGUUCCUCAAAUUUUAGGUGCUACAAACGUACAAGAUUUGCAAGGUUAUGCCGAUGCAGGAAAUACAUGGCCCCUGUACUCAUCUUCCCUUCCAGUUACUUCUAGUGUUGGUGCUUCCCGAUCUGAGGAGUUAAUUGUUAGAAUGCUAUGUCCCUCAGACAAGAUUGGGCGUGUCAUUGGAAAGGGAGGGAGUACAAUCAAAAGUAUGAGGCAGGCUAGUGGUGCUCGUAUUGAGGUUGAUGAUUCCAAGGCUAAUCAUGAUGAGUGUUUAAUCAUUAUAACUACCACAGAGUCGCCUAGUGAUCUGAAGUCCAUGGCAGUUGAAGCUGUUCUGCUGAUGCAAGGAAAGAUAAAUGAUGAUGAUGAUACUACUGUUUCAAUCCGGCUUCUAGUUCCAUCCAAAGUGAUAGGUUGUAUUAUUGGUAAAAGUGGUUCAAUCAUAAAUGAAAUUCGGAAGAGAACUAAGGCUGAUGUUCGAAUCACUAAAGGCGAUAAGCCAAAAUGUGCAGAUGUGAAUGAUGAACUUGUUGAGGUGGGUGGAUCAGUUGAUUGUGUGAGAGAUGCACUAAUCCAGAUUAUCUUAAGACUCAGAGAUGAUGUAUUGAGAGAAAGGGAUACUAGCCAUAAUUCUUCUAUAGGUGCUGAAUCCUUGUAUUCAGGUAGUGCUGGUCUUUCAUUGCCACCUGUGCUGCCUUCAGUUCCUCCCGUUGCUGCUCCGUUGGUUUAUGACCAGAGGGCUGAAAGUGGCGCUGGACUAGGCAUGCUUUCUUCAAGCAGCCUGUAUGGAUAUGGAUCUUUGUCGAUGGGAGAAAAUGGCUAUGGACCUAUGUCCUCAUAUGCUGCAAAGCUGUAUGGAGGUUUACCUCCCCCGUCAACUUUGGAUAUGUUGAUUCCUGCUAAUGCUGUUGGUAAAGUGUUGGGUAAAGGAGGGGCAAAUAUAGCCAACAUCAGGAAGAUUUCAGGAGCAACGAUAGAGAUUUCUGACUCCAAAUCUGCCCGUGGCGAUCGAAUUGCCCUUAUAUCUGGCACACCUGAACAAAAGCGUGCUGCUGAAAACUUGAUCCAGGCAUUUAUCAUGGCAACCUGAAUAUUGAAGUUGUUCCUGGAGGUUUUUGAAGGUGAAAAGUUUAAUUCUUGAAGCAUGUCCUUCUUCCUCUCCUUAGUCCCAUUAGGUUGGUCCUGGAGAGACAAUGUUCUCUAGGUUCUUCAGCUUGAUUCCUGCUUCUUCCAAAACAGUGGCUAACAAGAUCGUGCUCGAGGAUCCAUUACUGGUUUUGUAUGUAGGAAUUAUAGUUCCUUUCCUUUUUCUUCCCCUUAAUCAACUCUUUCAUCUGGGUUGUCAUAGAAAUCUAGGAUCUCUCUGUCCUUUCAUAAUGUUAGUCUCUGACUAGUGUGGAGUCAUCUCUAUCUCCAUAAAAUAUUCGGUGGAAUCAUUAAGCUGUGUUUAUUAUGUUUCUGUUGGUUCUUCCUCUUAUUCUCCUUUCUUGCUGAAAGUAUCUGCCCUGUUGAUGCAAAUGAGAGGCUGAAUCUCUAGUCUGAACUUUCUAGUAUCCUUGGUUAUCCAAGUAAUUUAGUCAAAACCGGGGAAGUUCUCAUGAAUUCAAAGGAUUUCUGAAUACUCUGGAUAAUAUUCUUCCCUCUGAUUCUAUUUCCAUAUCUUGGAACUCUGUCAUACAUGAGGGCAAUUACAACUAGAUAUAACUCUAAUUAUCACGCCGAACGAGAUUCAUUAUAUACAAAAAAAUAAAAUUGCUAGAAGCCAGAGUUUUUUUUUGUCAUUAAAUAAAAAUAAUCAUUAAGACACAGAAUAUAAAUACAGAGGUAGGAGAUACAGCUUCCUCCUCUAUAAAGAAAACACAAGACAUCAAAGAACAAAGUAUCAUGAGUUGACAUGGUUGAGUGGUCUCCUACCACUGUCUUAUCCAACAAUUGUGAGAAUUCUAGAAAAAUCUUUUUGGCUGUGUAGCACUAUUCAUACUUAUUAUCGGAAUCGCCUCUGGAAUUUAUAUCAUUGUGUACGGGCUUUUCAUUUCUUAUCUGUCUUAUGAUGGAUGCCACUCGCAAGAAAUUAUUUGCUGACCUGGGUCGGCUUUGCGCUGGCCACUAGAUGUCGCCAGUGGGUUUUGAACCCUGCACUGGAGGUAAAGUUCACUCGCAUGGAGUUCAGUUUGUUAGCUGAGUCGCGCCUCAGUGGUUGCCAUCUUUGUCAUAUUUUAAAGUAGCAAUCCUUCUCCUCCAAUAUGAUGCAAAAUGAUUUCAUUGGAUCUCCUAAAUUCUAUGAGGGGUGGCUUUUGAAUUCAUAUUAUGAUCUGUCUGCCUUAUUUGUUGUCCUGUUUGCAGCAUAACAAUAAGUAUUCCAACUGAGUUUGGGUUAUAGUCAUGAAGUUUUGGUGACACGGAUAAUAUCCUGCUCUAUAUUUAGUGAUUUUCACCCUAGUAAAAAUUAAAAUCUUGGGCAAAAGCUUGUCAUUAUAAGACUAAUUAUAGGAUGCAAUAGAUCAUCUUAUUUCAUUUCUCUCGUAUCCGUAUUGCCAUCUUUUAAGGAAACAUUGUCUCGUCCGUAUUAAUUGUUGCCUCUUCUAUUUUUCAGAUGUGAUAAACCCUUUUUCUACUUUUCUUUCUAUUACAUGCAAUUAAUUUACAUAAUGUCAAAAUUAUGCUUUCCCUAGCAAAUUGUGAAGUACAGAUUUUCUUAAUUUUGCUUGGUCAUCUACUUAUAUUUAACUCUCCCCGUAAUCAACUGAGCAUAAUUAUGCCCGGUAUAAUAAUUUUUCAACCUUUUAAAGGAUAUACUAAUAUUCAUGUGGACUAAUUCUCCUGAGCUCGCCCACAUACUUUUUUUUUGGGUCAAAAGCUCGCCUACAACUUCCAAAGAGUAUAAUCUCUAUUCUUGAUCGUGAGAUAACUGCGAAUUCUUUUCUCACAACCUUUGAUUAUUGAGCUAUCAUUCUAAUUAGUAAGGAUGUCUUGGUCUAGUUUGACUUUUGGUCAGUGAAUCGUUGGUUUUUAGUAGAUAUAAUGUAAGCUUCGAUUAUGUCCUGCACUCGGACAUUCCAUCUUGGAGAUGAAUCUGCGUCGUAUUAUAUCCUUGUGGACAGUAUUGUUCAACGGGGGCAUGCGCAUUCUGAAAGCUAAUCGUAGUAAACUAGUUUUUUUUUUGUUACUUGUAUAUAAAUUUGCUUUUAUGAUGCACAUUAAGGAGUUUAGGCAGGUGUCCAUUGUAAAUAUAGCUUCAUGACAGUUGCUGCGAUGCAUUCGUUUAAGUUUUUAUAGUAAAUUGGAUUCAUCUUUUUAAUUGGUACAUAUUAGGGCAAUGAUCAUUCUGAUUUUACAUUAUUUUGUGGCCAUAUGCCCAAUAUUGAUUUAAGCUAUUCAAUUAAAUUCAACCGU